AUGUCGACUUCGGAGACGAUAAAUACGGGCAAAGAGAAGCUCGACAAUUGGCUGCAUCAAAAGAACUACUUCACUGAUGUCUUGGAGAAGAUCGAGCAGAAAACUGGGGUGAAGAGGAUCUAUCAAUUUCUCGGUAAUAACGGUUUCGUAAUGAACCUGAUCCCGCGUGUGUAGGCUAAAAGGGUUUCUUUCUUUUCAGGUUUGGUUGGAAUAUUUGCGCUCUAUCUGGUAUUCGGCUACGGGGCAGACCUUAUAGUAACAGUGCUUGGUUUCGCCUAUCCUGCUUACCAAUCGUAAGUAGCUUUAGAGCUGUCCGAUCACUCUGUUAUUUGCAUUCAGCCGCCAUUUGCAUUUAAUAGAGCUGUCUACUUGAAAACCAUCUGCCUUCCCAGCAAAAUUGCACGUUUCUUCCUUGUUUAAUCCUUCUGAAGUCGUCUCCAUUGUUUAAAUAAUCAAUUUAGACGUAAGUGAAUUUUCAUGCUGUUUUCGUUUUAGAGUAAAAGCCGUCGAAAGUGAGACAAAAGAGGACGACACUCAAUGGCUUAUUUACUGGGUGGUGUUUGGGGUUUUCAACAUUGUGGAGUUUUUCUCGGACAUUCUUCUCUCGUGGUUCCCUCUUUAUUUCUUAGUUAAGGUAUGAUGAAAUUGAAUGUUUUUAGGCAUAUUCUAUGUAAAUUGAAUUGUGUUCGACGUCUCGCCCUUCAUGAAAAAUAUGCUAAACACAAACCUGUCCGCACCGGUUAAAUUUUCAUAUUACGGACUUCGAACUUCGUCGUGAGCCAGUUUAUUUUCUCAAUCCAAAGGAUUUUCUUUUUGAUGAAAUAAGCUUAUUCAAACUGGCGUUGUAUCCUACUUAUAAAAAAGAAGCACAGUCUACGAGACAACUUAAAGCUGUUUUUGAGCGUUGAAAUGGACAAAAUUAACGUUUACGAUGUAAGCUGACCUUAAAUAAUAGGUUUAAAUUUUAUAUUACUUUUCUUUGUAGCUAAUAUUCCUUUGCUGGUGUAUGGCGCCCGUGUCAUGGAAUGGAGCUAACACUCUCUACCAUAAAGUAAUCAAGCCUUUCGUGCUGAAACACCAGUCACAGAUCGAUAAAGCCCUUGAUAAAGUUGGAGAGAAAGUAGACGCAGUGGCUAAAGAAGGUACUAAGCACACAAAAUGAUUUACUGCAUUGCAAAUUAAAAUGCAUGGUGUAUGCAAAGAAAUUAAGCCGUCAUAACAAUUUCUAUGUACGUACAAGUAUAUUUUAUCUGCUCUAGUCAAAAUUAUAUUAAAAAUUCUGGAUUUUAAUUUAAUGAGCAACAGUCUGUAUUGAGCUUGAAAAAUUUGUUUGAUGCAAAGCGAGGGUUAUUAAGUGCGUGAAGAAUUAUAUUAUUUUUUGUAAGGGACUGCAAUUUGGACAUUAUUGUCUGAUAAACAUCAAACAGUAUCAUUUGGAGUUGUAACUUUGUUAAAUAAUUAAAAAGCAUAACACUGAGCAGGUGUUGAGGCAGUUCUAGUCGUAAACAUAAUCAGCUGUCAUACAACUUUGAAUCAUCUGCGUUUUUAUAACAUAACCAAGAUAGUAUGCGCAUUCUGAUUGGUUAAAAACCUAUGGUUUAUUGUGCCGGUAAACUCAUAGCAAACUUAAAGUUAUUUUAUAAAAGCAAUAGACCACACUUUCUAUGGGUUUACCAGCAUGAUAACCCACUUGGGAUGUUGGGAGAACACUUGAAAAGCUUGUAAAUUACUCACCUUCAGCUCAUGAUUUAUAAGCUUUUCUGGUGUUCUCCCAACAUCCUGCGUGGGUAAUGACAACGGUAAACCCAUAGGAAGUGUGGUCUAUUGCUUAAUUAAAUAGGCCAGGUUUUGUACGCAGUAUUCUGGUAAAUCAAAGAAAUGGAAAUACAUUUCUCCAGAUGGUAUAACUGUAAUUGAACUAACUUCAUAAACUGCACCUUAUCUUUUGUGUAGCCACACUCACUUCUUAGUCCCAGUCUCUCUGCCAAAACAUUCAAAUGCCCCUUUCCCCGAGCAAGUGUGGUUGAUCAAACAUCCCUCCCAGGGGAUGGAUUUCAUUGCAUCAAGUCCUCAUCUAUUGCUUGCGCACUCCCCCCUCCCCCCCCCCCCUCCCCCCUCUGUCACCUCUUUAUCCUUUUUUUCUUUUUUUUGUUUUCCUGGUUCUUUGUUUUAUUGGUGGUUUCUUGUUUUUUGAUUUUAUUUGUUUUUUUUUUUGUUUUGUAUGUUUUUUAUGUUAAUCCCCCCCCCCCCCCCCCCCCCCCCCCAUGUUGCUGGGGUUUAUCAUGAUAGCCUUUUCUCUUGGCUCUGUAUAGAUGUUAUUAGGAGAUAAGUGAUGUUAUUCUUUCUUAGGGCUUAAAGAGUUUAACACUGUUUAUGAAAAGCAGUGUUAAAAAAAAUAGCUAUGGUUGGCCAAGCUGAAAAUGGUAAACAGAAAUGUGGGUUUGAUGAUGAUUGGCUAUGCGCCAUUAGUAAAAUCCAACUAGCGGUCUAUUAUCAAUGCUGCGUUCUGAUUGGUUGAGCUACUACUAAGCUAUAUGUUAUAGUCCACUAGAAGCGAAAAGUGCUGGCUUUGAAAACCAACACAAUGGCGGCUCAAUCGCACUUUGCUAGCUAAAGUGGUUUUGUCUCAAUAUUUUUGACCAACUAGUUGGAUUUUACCAAAACAAUUUAUUCCUCUCACCCUCAUGGUCUCUUGAGUCAAUAGCCUUCGGCCUCAUGGGCUAUUGACUCAUAGCCCAUUCGGGCUCAAAGGAAUAAUAAAUUGUCAAUUAUCAUAACUGACUGAAUGUAUUUGUUCAUUUGUUUUCUAGCCAAAGAUGCUGCAACUGAGGCUGCAAUAAGAGCUGCUACAGAAUCAGACAAGAAAGAUUCCUAAGAUUCUGGAACAGGUGUAACAAAUAAAAAUAAUCACUACUGAAAAAAGAACGUUGUAAGGGAAGGAGCACUUGUUGAAGUAGCUGUUCAAUAAAUUAUACUCAAUUGCAGCAAACACACUGUCGUGAAGAGACUUAGCAGUAGGAAUGUUUGUCUUGUUGUAAUCUUUUUUUUAUGGGUUUUUAGCUUUCUGUAACCAAAUUUCUCCUUGUGUGUCUGAGACCCAUACCAUCUGAGAAAUAAAUAUAAAAGUUGAGUUGAACAGAAUCUGUGUAAGACUUGGCUGGAAUAUUUGAAAACUAAUAGGCACUUCAUUACGAUUGGAACACCCAGUAGAAUUUUCUAGCAUAUAAUAAAAUAUUUUGAAAAUGUGAGUUUGUCACCACUGUCUUUACUGAUGAAAAUUCUAUGAAAAGGAAUAAAACAAGGAUGCGCUUCUUGAACAUGCAAUAAAUAACUUGUCUGGUGCACUGAAAGAUGAUGAAUACAAAAUGUUUUGUUAGAAUCAUAUGCUUGAAAUGUCCUCUAAACUAAACAAAGUUUCCAUCAAGAUAAAUUCAAGAAGUGGUAGAUGGUGGGGGUCUCCAGAACUGUUUAACAUUGUUGAAAGUGACUAGAAAUGCAUAACAUGCAUCUGAACCUUGGUAAUAAAUUUUCUAUAAAUUUUCUAUAAAGUACCACCUGAGAUGUUACUGUUAAACAAAAUUAAAUUCUUUCUUAGCUGUUUCAUGCACUACAGUACUACAAUGUCGUUUGGGGGUCAUCCAUGUAAUAUUAAUUAUGAAAAUUUUCCAUUACCUAGAAAGCCUUAAAAUUUUGUUUUCUAUGGCAACUUUCUCUUAAAUUAGUUUUGUUGCUUGUUCAGAUAGUUGAAAAACAGUAAAUCUUCAGUUUGUACAGAAGUGAUUCAAAUACGUUUGAUGCAAUGCAAUAUUGACAUACCACAAAAUAAUAUAGUUACACUAUACCUGGGUACUUUGUUUGUUACUCAAAAUGAAAGAGAGAAAUGGGUUCUCUCUGUAGUUUGCCAUGAGUCAUAACCACGAUAAACCACAAUAGUGACACACAAGAAAAUAGACAAAAUUCUGACCCAACAUUUGAAAAAAUUAGGGUUCAGGUUUUGUUUUGGUUGAUGUUGAGUAAACAUCACUUUGUUUGAAACUUGGCAGAUUUGAAAAUAAAGCGAUGGAUGUAUAAUAUUAUUGUUUGCACUAUUUUUAUAACCACAGGUAACCUUUACUGGUGGUUUUUAGUGUGAAUAAAAAAUGGCUUCCUUCUGGGGUACACUUUGGGUUCUGAUUUAAAAGUAAUGUAUGCAAGCUUUUGGGAAUGUGUUCUUAAUAGAAAACUUAUAUUCUUGCUUUCUGGGGACCAAAGGACUUGCCGUGUAUACUCUAGCCGUCACC